GGAAACCUGAUAUAUAAUUAAGAUGGAAUCAGAAACUAAAGAUUACAAUACCAUUAGCCAGCAUGAUCCUUUAGAACGAGCGAAAGCUACUGAAGAUUCCACCAAGAAAGAAAUUGUCGCUGAAGAACUACCAAUCCUCGCUUACUGAAAACAUUGCUGUAAAACCUACAUGACUCGAAUAGAAACCGAAUGAGAUUGCACUGAAGUCCCUUUAUGAAUCUGAAUGUCAGUCUUCUUCCUCUUCUGCUACUGCUGCUGCCCUGGCCAGAUGAGGCAGACCAGGAAGUCCUACCACAUCUGUACCAACUGUGACCAGAAGAUCCUCAGAGUCACCAAUAGUUUGGCUACCACGAUCCAGAUGUUCGGCAGGAGUAUCGAGAAUACCUGCGAGGACGUCAAAGAAGGAGCGAAAACAGCCGCACGAGAAGUCAAAGAAACAGCUGAUGAGCUCCAAGAGCUCUCAGCUGAAGUCAGAGAGAAUCUAGAGCAAAUUAAGAAGCAUUUGCCUGAAGAUUUUGAGAAAUUGAAGGAAGAGAUUGAGGAAGGAGUCGAGAAAUUUCAGGAAAAUUUAGGAAAUGAAGUCGAUCAGCUGAAGGAAAAAGUCCCUGGAGAGAUUAACAGGAUAGAAGAGAAGAUUGAAGAUGCCCUUGAAGACCAGCCGUUAAUUAGUGGGGAUAGAGGGACCGAAGUGCCUUCUAUGGAGCAGAUGAAGGACAAAUAUUUGGCAGAGGGAAAGGAGUAGAGGGAGAGGAGGACUUGAGGUUUUACUGAUCACACCAAAAUUCUUUUUAUUUAAU